GAGAAAAGACUUCCUUUGAUAUAAACUUCGAUCGAAAGAAGCUUUAACGUUCGUAUAGUGUCGUCUUGUAUAGUGACCCAUCUAAAGAUCGAAAUUUAAAUUUGUAAUAGAACUAGUUUUUUUACAAACUGUUUUAAAAUAGAUUUCGAUUUGAAACUAGAAUAUCCGACUGGCCAUUAUAUUAAUUUAUUGAAGAAACCAUGGCCAAUUUAAUUCAAAUUUUCAUCGCCUGCGCUUGCGUGCUAGCUGUUUCAGCAAUUCCUUAUGGAAAAUCUCGCAACGCUUACUCAUACCCCUUCAACUUCGUGUGCCGGGAUUCAUGGGGAGCUAGACCGCCUAAUGGUUCGACCCCUCUAUCUCUGCCGGUCCCAUUCGUGGUAGUCCACCAUAGCUACAUACCCCCUGACUGCGACACUGAGGACGCCUGCAAGCACAACAUGAGGCUCAUGCAAGAUAUGCAUCAGAUUCAGAAUGGAUGGCAGGAUAUUGGAUACAAUUUCGCAGUGGGCGGCGAAGGUUCAGUUUACGAAGGUCGGGGCUGGGAAUCCGUUGGAGCUCAUGCUGUGUCUUACAACGUUAAGAGCAUCGGCAUUUGUAUGAUUGGAGACUUCGUUGGAAAACUUCCCCCACAAACUCAACUGGAAUCGCUACAGAAACUAAUUGCGACUGGAGUGAAGCUUGGCUACAUCAGCCGAGACUACAAACUGAUCGGUCACCGACAGGUCUCCGCCACAGAGUGUCCAGGACAAGCACUCUUCAACGAGAUCUCCACCUGGGACCAUUUCACACCAGCCCUAUAAUAAACGAAACAAAAAAAAAACCAGUGCCGGAUUUAGCGUAACAAGUUUUUAGGAGGGGCCCAUCAAUAUCUAAUUUUAUUAGUGAGACGCUAAGGCUGAGUUACAUUUUGUAUAUAUACGGGGGCCUGUAUAUUGUGUGGGCCCAAAAUUUUUGUGGGGCCCAUAGCAUUUAUGGUAUGGUUAUGUGGUAAACCCGGCUUUGAACAAUACUGUGAUUUAGGAGUAAUUCUUGUAAUAGUGUUUUAUUUAUGGCUAGAAUUAAAUACCUCUUGAUUAGUCACAUACUCUGUAAAUACUCGACGCAUUAUGUACUGUAAACAGUGCUGUGAUUAUUUUUAAGUGUUUUACUAAAUACAUUUUGUAUUUUUUUAAA